AGCGAGCCGAGGUUUUUCUGGAGAGUGCGGGGACCGACUUACAUCACCAGUCUCCGUCGGUCCGGAUCGACUUUGCUUACAAGGUUAUAUCAUUCUUUUCGACUCUGAAGAAGUUUUGGUUUUUAAAUCAUAUUCAACAUCACACGGUGUAAGAGCAUGAUUUAUUGAGUUGUAUUAUAUUCAGCAGCAAUUGUUGCUCAAUAGAAGAUCGUCCAAAACACAAUCCACCUUUACUGCUUACACCUACAAUAGCUUACACCGGCUAUACAUCCACUUGCAAUCAUGCCUCUUCAACUCAGCGUGAAAAAGACAGAGGGCGGGAAGCCGGGCAAGGUUUAUUACCCCCUGGAACUCAAGGAGGUGCCCAUGCCAAGCCCCGGCCCCAACCAGCUUCUGAUCCGCUACCACGCGGCCGCGCUGAACCACCGGGACCUCUUUAUCCGCCAGCACUUGUACCCGGGCAUAUCCUUCGACGCCCCGAUGCUGGCGGACGGCUACGCCACCGUCGUGUCGGGACCGCCGCACCUGGUCGGCAAGGCCGUCCUGCCCACGCCUUCGCGCGGCUGGCGGACCGACCCGGACGGGCCCGAAGAGCUCUUCAAGUUCGCCGUGUGCGGCAAUGCCAUCACGUACGAGGACGCCGGGACCGCGCGCGAGUACGCCGUCAUCGACGCCGACGAGGUCGAGCUGGCGCCGGAGCAUUUGAGCCCCACCGAGGGCGCUGCGCUGCCGCUAGUGGGGCUCACGGCCUGGCGCGCCGUCGUGAUCAAGGCCGGCAUCUCGCCGACCGUGAACCCGUUGGAGCCGCGCAAAAACGUCCUCAUCACGGGGAUCGGCGGCGGAGUCGCCCUGGCGGCGCUCCAAUUCGCCGUGACCAUGAACUGCCGCGUGUGGGUGACGAGCGGGACGGCGGACAAGAUUGAGCGUGCGAAGCAGCUUGGGGCCGAGGGCGGCGUCAACUAUCGCGAUGCCGAUUGGGACAAGCAGCUCGCCGAGAUGCUACCCAAGGUCAGGCCGUUCCUCGAUGCCAUCAUUGACGGGGCAGGGGGUGACAUCGUAAAGCGAUCGCUGCAGGUGCUCAAACCCGGUGGAAUCAUUUCAAUUUACGGCAUGACCACUGGCCCUAAGAUGGACUGGAUAAUGCAGGCUGUGCUCAAACAUAUCGAGAUACGUGGUACGACCAUGGGAAGUCGCAAGGACUAUCGUAACAUGAUUGAGUUCGUUCGCAAACACGAGAUCAAGCCUGUUGUGAGCCGUGUUGUCAAGGGACUGGAUAAUCUUGAAGGCAUAGACGGUCUUUUUGAUGAUCUGAAAGCCGGCAAGCAGUUUGGGAAACUUGUCAUAGAAAUCGCUUCCCAAGAUAUGAACAGUAAGGCCUCCAGGCUUUGA